UCUCGACAAAUUUGAUUGGCUGAAAAACUGGCGCCAACAAGUAGAUUUCCAUCAAAGGGAGAGCUGCCCACGGCUGAACAGGAAGAGGAAAAAUGCUUUUCCACCCGAAUUUCACCCCGAAAUUGCUGUCAUUAAUCAUUUGGCUUGAAAAAGGUGCCAAGCUGCGUGGAUGUGACGUUAAUCUUCAGAGGAAAUAUUGGCCAAAACGAGACCGAAACGCUCUGCAAGCAUUCUGGCAGUAUUAACCUUAUUUUCUGCUACCAUUUCCAAGCUGAAUGGCCUCGGACUUUCGUAAACAAUUAAAGUUGUCUGCGUGGGCGUGGCACUCUUGUUGUACGGUAGCUCCCACUGACUUUUGACACGUGUCAUUUACGUUUGAAAGCGUCGACACAACGACAACAACGAUGUCAAUGUGAAGGGAAGUGAAUGACAAGGCCAGUUAAUGGCCAUUUGGCCACAAGCAAAUACCGAGCAUGUUUUCUUGGCCAGAUGCAAACACCUGAACAUUGCGAGCACAGGUGAGCGGUCUCAUCAGAAAACGCUUAGGCAGCAGACUAAAUCCCUCCCCAUAUCCUGUGCUCCUGGCCAACGUUAUGCCAAAUGGGCAGUUCUUUCUCCACUGCCGGUAAUUUAUUUGCACUUUGAUAGCAACAAGAUGCAUGCAGUGGCGGUGGCAAAAAGGGGUGGUGAAAAUUUUGUGGAUCCCUGCACUUAUAAAUCACCGAAUGAAGCAGAAGAUUCUGCGGAGCUUUCGCUGCUGUUGUGGCCUGCGACCGCGACUAAGCAGUUUAUUGAAAAGUGGACCCAAAGUGCUUAGCCAUAAAUAUCAGCUGAAGUGGGCGUGGGCACGCCCACACCAGCAUAACUCGUUUGUGUUCUUAAAGCAGUUUUAAGGCUACAAUCUCCAGACGAAAAUCAUAAUAUCAGAUACUAUGCUUUUUGGAAAUAGUUGUGAAGAGUUCUAAGGACAUAUAUUUAUUACAGCUCCUUGACUAAAUAAAUUUAAAUCGCCGCAAAAUGGAACGCAGCUCUUUAGCCCCUGGGUGUCAAGGUCAUGGCGAAUUGCAUUAAAAUUGCUCAUCAAAUAACACUCGGCACUCCCAUUCAACAGAUUCGCAUUUUUGAUGGCAGCAUCCUUACUCUAUAUAUGAGUUGCAUUUCAUGCAUUCGCUUCGAUGGCUGCUCAACAUGCUCAGAAGCGUCCUCGAAAAACGCCAUGAACAGCAUUGGCAGGAUGUUAAGAGUCCUUCCCCAUUCACACGAACACGAGCACGCACACAGAGGCAGCUGGGUGGUUGAUCAGGUUCAAAGACCUG